AUGGCCACGAAGAAGAUCUUUGUCUUUAUGACUGUGAUCAUGUUUCUCUUAAGUUGCACCUCAGCUAAAACGUACAAAGUCGGAGGUUCCAACUAUGGAUGGACUGUGAAGGACGACUCUUGGGCUGAACAUAAACAAUUCCACGUUGGAGAUUCCCUCAUCUUCCAAUACGAUAAGAACGUCAACGACCUUGCUCAAGUUUCCAACGCUAAAGAGUAUAUGUCAUGCGAUGUUUCUUCUCCUAAAGUUGUUUACAACACCGGACACGAUGUCGUAACCUUCAAGGAACCAGGACAUUACUACUUCAUCACCUCUAAUCAUAUUCAAUGCGUCAAUGGACUUAAACUCGACGUUCUUGUCGUCCAUGAACCUUCACGUCCUACUCCUCCACCACCUAGCAAGAACCAUGAACCAUCACAUCCUACUCCUCCACCACCACCUAGCAAGAACCAAGGCCCUUCACGUCAAAGUCCUCCUCCACCAUCAAGCAAGAACCAUGAACCCUCACGUCCAAGUCCUCCUUCACCACCACCGAGCAAGAACCAAGGCCCUUCACGUCCAAGUCCUCCUCCACCACCACCAAGCGAGAACCAAGGACCGUCACGUGAGAUUCCUACACCAACACCGAGCAAGAGAGGAAGGAUCUACAAGGUAGGUGAUUCCAAAGGAUGGAGCGUGUACAACAGUUACUACUACUACAGGUGGAGUGAAACUAAACAGUUCCGUGUUGGAGAUACUCUCUAUUUCGAAUACAACAAGAACCUCAAUGACGUUAGAGAAAUAAGCGAUGAUCUUGAGUUCAGAUCAUGUGAACCAACUUCUGCCGUAGCUGUGUACAAGACAGGACAUGAUCUCAUCAAGCUUACAAAACCAGGAGUGCAUUACUUUGUAAGCUUAAAGACAGGUCUUUGUCAGGCUGGGAUUAAGCUUCGAGUCAACGUGCUACCAUCAACAGAAGACGAUACUACUCUGCCUAAUGUUCCCAAGAUUAACCGCUGCAACAGGUGGUCGUGGUGGUUAUGCCUUUUAAGACCUAAUCACUAA